UAAAAUUUUCAGAACCAAGUUUCAGGUUCUAGUUUUAGGUCUAGUGUUAGUUUUAAUUGUUAUUCAGUGCUAAAUUGUAGUAUAUUGACCACUAGAAGAACCCAUCAUUAUUAUUAUGUCUAUAAUGUAUUAUGAUAGUAUUAUGGUUGAUUAUAAGAUUUUUGUAUAUUAUACAAAAAAAUCUAGAACAAAAUUAUUCUGACAACUAUCAGAUAUGUUUUCUGGCUUACCUCAAACCUAUUAAUAAAAAAACCCGAUAUUUUUAUAAGUAAUUAGUUCAAUUAAGAUAAAAGCCAAACUAUUACUCACAAAAAAUGAGAAAUAUUUAUUGAUAACUGAUAAUAGAAGAUAAGCUACACAGAUAUCCAGUGAACAUUUUGUGUGAGAGUGUAAAACAGCAGGUGAAAUAAUGGAUUCUUUGUGAAAAAAAAAAUAAAAAUCAUGAGUAACGUAGGGGUGGGUGAUUUCAUAUGGAUCAACCCGACCACCGAUGGGGAAUUUGAUGUCCCAUCGGGUGGAAAAGUGGUUGCGAUCGAAUCCAAAAGGAUUCGCAUCAAAACCGAUUCGGGAUCCGAGAUUUAUAUAGGAAAAGAGCAAGUUUUUAAACCGAUACAUAUCACAUCAAUCAAAGUCGUUGAGGAUAUGAUCAAUUUGGGAGAUUUACAAGAAUAUUCAAUUUUAAGAAAUUUGUAUCUUAGAUAUAUGGAUAAUUUGAUUUAUACUUAUACAGGUUCUAUGUUAGUUGCUAUUAAUCCAUACAAAAUUUUACCGAUUUAUUCAAACGCUAUUAUUAAGGAAUAUAGGGAUAAAAGAAUCGGAGAGUUACCACCACAUAUAUUUGCUAUUGGUGAUAACACUUACACGGAUAUGAGAGCUACGAAUAAAAACCAAUGUGUUGUAAUUAGUGGUGAAAGUGGCGCUGGAAAAACAGAAAGUACAAAAUUAAUUUUACAAUAUUUAGCGGCGAUAAGUGGGAAACAUUCGUGGAUAGAACAACAAAUUUUAGAAACGAAUCCGAUUUUAGAAGCAUUUGGAAAUGCGAAAACAGUCCGUAACGAUAACUCUUCGAGAUUUGGGAAAUACAUCGAUAUCAACUUUAAUAAAAAUGGUGCAAUUGAAGGGGCAAGAAUCGAACAAUAUCUUCUUGAGAAAAGUCGAAUUGUUUCACAAAAUCCGGGCGAAAGAAAUUAUCAUAUUUUUUAUAGCAUGUUGGCCGGUUUAAAUAAGGAUGAAAAGAAAACUUUGGAAUUAGGAGAUCCGAGUCAAUACGUUUAUUUAAAUGCGGGGAAAACUUUAACUGCCGCCGGUAGAAAUGAAGUUGAGGAAUUCGGUGAUAUAAAAGCGGCUUUUAAAGUGUUAAACUUCACCGAUAAAGAUUCUUGGGAUAUUUUUCAACUUUUAGCGACCAUUUUACAUUUAGGAAAUUUAAAAUAUAAAUCAGUUAUCGUAAGCAACAUGGAUGCUACUGAAAUUUCAGAUAAUUCAGCGUUAAAUAGGAUUGCUUUAUUUUUGGGCACAAACAAAUUCGAUUUAUCAGAAGCUUUAACUCAUAAAUCAAUCUUUGCUCACGGUGAAAGAGUCACAAAAACGUUAUCUAAAGAUCAAGCUCUCGAAGCUCGCGACGCUUUCGUUAAAGGAAUUUACGGCAAAAUGUUUAUUUAUUUAGUCGAAAAAAUAAACGUUGCAAUUUACCAACCAAAAUUAGCCAAAAAAAGUUCGAUCGGUGUUUUAGAUAUUUUCGGAUUUGAAAAUUUUGACAUGAAUAGCUUCGAACAAUUGUGUAUUAAUUACGCCAACGAAAACUUACAACAAUUUUUCGUCCAACACAUUUUCAAAUUAGAACAAGAAUAUUACACCAAAGAAGGGAUUAAUUGGAAACACAUAGUUUUCGUGGAUAACCAAGACAUUUUAGACAUAAUCGGUAUGAAACCGAUGAACAUGAUGGCUUUAAUCGAUGAGGAAUCAAAAUUUCCGAAAGGAACCGACUUUACGAUGCUCGCUAAAUUAAAUGCGACGCAUUCGAACAAACCGAAAUUAUACAUCAAAUCAAAAUCGGAUUUAGAACCGAAUUUUGGGAUUCAACAUUUCGCCGGGAAAGUUCAAUAUCACGUCCCGGGUUUCUUAGAAAAAAAUCGCGACUCUUUUAAUCAAGAUUUAAAAGAAAUCGUUCAGCAAAGUUCGAAUGAAUUUUUAAAAAAAGUUUUCGAUUCCGAUUUUAAAGAGGAUUUAAAAACAAAGAAAACUUUAUCGUCGCAAUUUCGAUUUUCUUUAGAUGCUUUAAUGAAAACGUUGAAUUCUUGCAGCCCAUUUUUUGUACGAUGCAUUAAACCCAACGAAAAUAAACAAUCACAUGAAUUUGAUCGUACGUUAUGUUGUCGGCAAUUAAGAUAUUCUGGUAUGAUGGAAACCGCAAAAAUUCGACAAGCCGGUUAUCCAAUUCGUCAUGAUUACUUCGAUUUCGUAAAUAGAUUCCGUUAUCUCGCCGUAAACGUUUCCCCGGCUCAUAUUGGCGAUCCUCGCGAAUCAGCAAAAAAAAUUUGCACAACAAUAUUCAAAGAUAACCAAGAUUACCAAUUAGGAAAAACUAAAGUUUUUCUAAAACACCCCGAUAACGAAUACUUAGAACAAGAGCGCACAAAAAUCCUCAGCAAAUACAUAAUAACUUUACAAAGACACAUUCGAGGAUUCAUUUGUCGAAGACGUUACCAAAACUUAAAAAAAGCAGCGUUGAUCGUGCAAAAACAUUGGCGUGCUCGAGGAUAUCGUUCGCGUUAUUUGAAGAUGAAGAAUGGUUAUCAACGUUUACAAGCGGUUAUCGUACAGAGACAAUUAAGGCAUCAAUUUCAAUUUAAAAGGCAAAUUAUUACGCGGAUUCAAACACAUUCUAGGGGAUAUUUGGCACGGCAGAAAAAACCAAUGGGUAAAAUUUAUGGAAUCAUCGUUCAUAGACGAGUUGAAGAGGCGCAAUUACGGAAAGCUGGGGAGAAAAAUUAUAAACACAUCGCUGAAGUUAACAUGCAAAAACGACUGGCGGAAGUCGAUAGAAGUUAUUUGGUGAAAGAAGAAGAUUUACAAGAAAAUUAUGCUAAGGACAGUGAAUUUGUUGCAAACGUUUUUAAAUUUUUGGAUGGUUCACCUACGGGAGAUAAAAAUUUGAAAGAGAAAAAAGAAAUUUUCCCUCCAAAAGACGAUGAUGAACCAGAAGAAAAAGAAGAUCUCUCCGCUUAUAGUUUCAAUAAAUUUGCAGCUACCUAUUUCAGAAAGAACGUUAAUCACUUCUAUUCUAAAAAACCGUUAAAAGAAUCAAUUUUGGAAUUGCCUACACCCGAUGAUGUCUUAGCCGCUCAAGCACUUUGGAUAACUAUUUUACGUUUUACCGGUGAUUUAACCGAACCCCGUGAGGCUAUAGAAAAAGAUUACGAUUCGAUAAUGAAUAAAGUUACGGAAACUUUAAGUAGAGGAUUUACAAAUCGCAAAGAAUUCCAAGAAAUUAUGCGUCAAGAACAAGCUUACGCGCAAAAAAGUAAAGCGGAACGACAGAGAUACAUUAAUUUAACAUUAAAAAGAAAAAAUCAAUUAUUAGAGGAUGUCAAAAAAGGGUUGGUUGAAGAUACAUUUGCUAGUAAUUAUUAUAACGAUUGGGUUAAUAAUCGAAGAACAACGAACAUGGAAAAAGUACAUUUUAUAAUUGGACAUGGUAUUUUAAGACCUGAUUUGAGAGAUGAAAUUUUCUGCCAAAUUUGUAAAUUAUUAACGAAUAACCCAUCGAAACCAUCAUAUGCUAGAGGAUGGAUUUUAUUAGCGCUUUGUGUUGGUUGUUUCACACCAACAGAAAAAUUAACAAAUUAUUUAAGAAGUUUCAUUAACGAUGGUCCACCUGGUUAUGCACCAUAUUGCGAAGGAAGAUUAAAUAGAUCUUUUAAGAAUGGAGCAAGAACUCAACCACCAAGCUGGUUGGAAUUACAUUCAACUAAAAAUAAAGAUCCAAUUAUUUUAGAAAUUACAUUCAUGGACAGAAAAUCAAUGACGGUUGAAGUUGAUUCAGCAACAACGUCAGAAGAAAUUUGUAAACAGAUCGCGUCUAAUUUAGGAAUAAAAGAUACGUUCGGAUUUUCACUUUUCAUAACGUUAUACGAUAAAGUAAUGUCUUUGGGAAGUGAAAACGAUCAUAUUAUGGACGCAAUUUCACAAUGUGAACAAUAUGCUAGGGAACAAGGUAAACAAGAAAGAAUUGCGCCAUGGAAAUUAUUUUAUCGCAAAGAAAUAUUUACACCAUGGCACGAUCCGCGUGUAGAUCCAAUCGCAACUGAUUUAAUUUACGAACAAGUUAUUCGCGGCAUGAAAUUUGGCGAAUACAGAUGUCCGAAUGAAGCUGACGUUGCAACAUUGAUAGCCCAACAAUAUUACAUUGAAAAUGGGGCGCAAAUGAACCCGACAGUUUUACACACAAGAAUUGGCGAAUACACACCGACUUAUAUUGUACAAAAAGGUGAUUUUAGCGAAUGGGAAAAGAAAAUUAUUGAUGCUUUCAAUCGAAGUAUUUGUGUAAAAGAAAAGAAACCACCAAUUAAAGCUAAAGAAGAUAUCGUUAAAUAUUCAAAACAUGUUUGGCCAAUACUUUUCAGCAAAUUUUACGAAGCUAUUAAAAUUUCAGGUCCAGAUUUACCUAAAGAUAAUAUGAUAAUUGCUGUAAAUUGGACUGGGGUUUAUUUAAUCGAUGAUCAAGAACAAAUUCUUUUAGAAUUAACAUUCGCUGAUAUAGCCUACGUUAAUUACCAACAAAACACUAAAUUCCAAUUACAUAACAUAACUUUUAGCACGAUUAGAAACGAGGAAUACGUUUUUCAAAGUCCAGAUGCUGAAAGUUUAUAUAACUUAUUAAUCUAUUUACUCGAUGGGUUGAAAAAACGAUCAAUUUAUGUAGUCGCAACUCAAGAUUACAAACACCCAGGUGAUGCCGAAUCAUUCUUAUCAUACAAAAAAGGUGAUUUAAUUAUUCUUAAAAAUAAUUUAACCGGAGAAAAAUUAUUAUCGUCAACGUGGGGUUUCGGCGAAUGCAAUGGCAAAACUGGCGAUUUCGUCACUGAACAUAUUUACAUUUUACCAACGCUUCAUAAACCACCAUCUGACAUAUUACAAGCGUUCAAAAAAGACGGCGCAUUUAUCAAACGCCCAACACAACAAGAAAGUUCAACAAUUCGAGGAAUGAAACUUUACACAUUAUCAAAUUACGCAAACGAGCACUUUAGAAGCAGCAGAAGACUGACGGUAAAUAAAAAUUCGAUUAUCAAUCCGGUUAGAAGAACAUCUAAAGAAGAACUUUGGAGAUACACAAACCAACCUAUUCAUUUACCUCAUUUACAAAAAGUUUUAGAUAACGAAACCUUAUCAAAACAAGCUGUAGAAGCUUUUAAUGCAAUCUUAAAAUACAUGGGUGAUGCCCCUGCUCCGAAAACAAAAGUUUGUAAUGAAUUUACUGAUAUUAUUUUCCAAGGGGCCUUCACACACGAAUUAUUACGCGAUGAAAUUUAUUGUCAAAUAUUAAGACAAUUAACGUUCAACAGAUUAACUUCGAGCGAAGAAAAAGGUUGGGAAUUGCUUUAUUUAGCAACUGGUUUAUUCGGUUGUAGUUCAUCUUUAAUGCCAGAAAUGGUUAAAUUCAUUCAAUCGAGACAACAUCCAUUUGCUGAAGCUUGUUUACAACGCUUACAAAGAACUGGCAAAAUUGGCCAAAGAAAAUAUCCACCUUACACAGUUGAAGUUGAUGCUAUCCAACAUAGAAGCUUACAAAUUUACCAUAAAGUGUAUUUCCCUGACGAUUCAGACGAAGCGUUUGAAGUUGAUUCAUUAACGAGAGCUUCCGAUUUAUGUAAAGCGAUAGCUGAUAGAUUAGGACUAAUUUCACACGAUGGUUUUAGUUUAUUCGUUAUGAUUUCUGAUAAAGUAUUUUCAAUUCCCGAAGAAUAUUUCUUCUACGAUUUCUUGCACGAAUUGGUUAGCUGGGUUAAAGAAACGAAACCAACUUGGAAUAGUGCAGCACCCAUCCAAGCCCAAUACCAAGUAUUUUUCAUGAAAAAAUUAUGGAUGAAUACAGUUCCAGGAAAAGAUCCAUCAGGCGAUGAAAUUUUCCAUUACUACCAAGAACUUCCCAAGUACAUUCGUGGUUAUCAUAAAUGCACCAAACAAGAUGCGGUUAAAUUAGCCGCUUUAAUAAUAAGAGUGCGUUACAUGGCAAAUUUGACCGACGCGAUGAACGCUAUUUCAACCGAUUUAAAAGAAAUCGUUCCUAUCGAUUUGAUAAAAGCACAAAGUUCGUCGGAAUGGAAAAAACAAAUUGGUAAUGCUUAUAGCACCGAUGGUAAAAUGACUGUCGAACAAGCUAAACUUAAAUUUUUACAAACGAUUUAUCAAUGGCCUACAUUUGGAUCAACGUUCUUUGAAGUUAAGCAAUCUUCAGAACCAACUUAUCCUGAAAUUGUUAAUAUUGCUAUUAACAAGAAUGGAUUAAAUAUUAUUCAUCCACAAACUAAGGACAUUUUGGUAACUCACGAUUUUAGCGAACUAAAUAAUUGGUCAUCAGGAAACACUUAUUUCCAUCUCACCGUUGGAAACGUAAUGAGACAGAGAAAAUUCCUUUGCGAAACUUCGCAAGGAUAUAAAAUGGAUGAUUUGAUAACUUCGUACGCUGAUUUUAUAAGUAACAGCUCUAAGAAGCCAGAGAAAUCAUUUAUAUUUUAAUUUUAUCAUUUAUUUUUUUGAUUUUAAAGUAUUUUAUUAAAAUCUUUAU